CUUGGGAGGGAAGCAUCCCACCAGACUUUUUCCACAGGGUAGUUAUUUAGCGCGGUUAGCCUUGCGCUAGUGAAAAUAUGUAACAGCCUCGUGCUAAGCCAACGCCAGCCUCCAAUGAGUCUCUGCCUUGCAGCUCAGAAGAAAUCCGAAAGCACUGUAGUCCCCUGAUCUCUGGUCAUCAUGGGUAAAUCGUCGAAGGACAAGCGCGAUGCGUAUUACCGACUGGCAAAGGAGCAAGGGUGGCGUGCGCGGAGUGCAUUCAAACUCCUCCAACUUGAUGAAGGCAAUUUGAUCUACCCUGGCGUUUUGGUGACAUGCAGCUGACUGGGAGCGCAGAAUUUGAUCUCUUUGCUGGUGUAACGCGUGUUGUUGAUCUUUGUGCAGCUCCUGGAAGCUGGAGUCAAGUUCUCUCCCGAGUUCUCAUCAAAGGCGAGAAAUUUGGCCGAACAGCCUGGGAAGACAAACAGGAGAAAAUUCGUCAAUUGAUCCUCAAAUCUACCGGAGCGGAGCCUACGCUUGCUGAAAUACAACAAGAAGAGUUUGAAGCAGAGAAGAAUAAAACAGAAGCUGCCGAGCUGAAGCCUCGGAAAGAUGUCAAGAUCGUCGCCAUAGAUCUUCAGCCUAUGAGUCCCUUAGAAGGCAUCAUAACUCUACGUGCAGACAUCACUCAUCCGGCGACUGUUCCACUUCUCCUUCACGCUCUCGAUCCGAAAUAUGACCCUUCAUCCCAAUCACAACAUGCUGUAAAUCCCGUCGAUCUUGUCAUUUCUGAUGGAGCGCCAGACGUUACGGGCUUGCAUGAUCUCGAUAUAUAUGUACAAUCUCAGCUGCUCUUUGCAGCCCUGAACUUGGCACUCUGCGUUCUACGACCUGGAGGAAAAUUCGUGGCAAAAAUCUUUAGAGGACGCAACAUAGACCUCCUUUUUGCGCAACUUAAGCUCUUUUUCGAGGAUGUCGUCGUUGCUAAACCGAGGUCAAGCCGUGCCAGCAGUGUGGAGGCAUUCAUUGUCUGCUUGAAUUUCAACCCUCCAGAAGGUUUCAAGGCCAGCUUGGAAGAACCUAUGGGCGUCGGGGACAAACUGUCCAAGAUGGUUACCACAAUGACUGGGGGAGAACCCAUUAUUGCCCCGACAAUACUUCAGGAGUCCGACUAUGGGACGUGGUGUCAGAGCGGCCAAGUGCCUCUCGCUUCCGCGGAUGGUUUGGUGGAACUUACCUUGCCAGAAGUCGAAUCGGAAGCCAAGAAGAAUGGGAGGUGGAUUGCUCCAUUUCUUGCCUGUGGAGAUCUGUCUGGAUUUGACGCGGAUGCUUCAUAUCAUCUGUCAAAAGAUCACGUCUCAUUGGAUCCAAUACAGCCUCCCACUGCUCCUCCAUACAAGCGUGCUCUCGAGAUGAGAAAAGCUGCAGGGGGCGCAUACGGAAAGACCAGUAUUUGAUUCCCCGCUUCUACUUGAUUUCAGAAUAGCAUAGCGUUGGCGUUGGAUUUGGGACUGGAGCGGAUACUCAUCAUGAUCUAUAUCGCGAGACAGAGGAGAGUCAUCGAGUGAGACUUGACCUUGGCUCUGGGAAGCGAUUAUGCUGCCAAGAGAUGGUCGGAAUAAACCAUACAGAGAUCAAGUCAUUAACCUGUAACACCUCUUUCGUGAUGACCUGAUUUGAUUUGAUGCGGAAGUUUCGAAUGCAAUUCUCUUCCACGUUGGGCUGAUUUUACACCAGAGUUCCCAUCCGAUCCCAAGCACGACGCUGGAACUGUGUAGCGUUCUAUCUGUUAUGUUUACACAUGGAAAUUUGGGUCUAGGUUGUUCUGUGCAUAUCUUCUCCCCCUCUCGACUGGCUAGCAUUAGACGACUGGAAACCAAGAUCGCGUCGAUUUGCCCUCCGCCAUGUUCUUCUUGUAGACGUUGGUUUGGACUGUGGCGGCAUAGUGUGGUGCAAGUUGCCAUUCUUUGCGUUCAACAGGCCGUCGUCACUGGACGGGUACCAGCAUCUGGCAUUCAUCGCCGGCGAUGUUUCCAUUCCACGCGUUUGGUGCCUUGCAUGAUGCACUUCGCCGUACUGGUCAUCAUUGAGAAUACGUGCCUGCAGAGCGACCGUAAGUUUCCAGCAAUGCUUCACUUCUCCAGCCACCCAUUUCCGCCGCCACCAAGGUCUCUUUCGUCGCCAUGUGUAACCACGCAGAAAGCAACAAGCGAUGUCACACUCCCAUUCGGUUCGAAUCAAAACCCAACACCAAGCUGCUUUCUUCUUUUUUGAGGGUAUAAUACGAGGUUUCAUCAGAACAGCGUCAAUGCGGUAUCAAGAGUAGAAGAGUUGACACCUACCGUUCAGAGAGGUCCUGCUUCAUUUGAGAUCCUCUUAAUUGUGCUCCAUCUAACUUGACAGCUGUUUAUGAUAGCGUUGCUUGCAUUUCAACAUCUGCCUUUAUCUGAACCCUGUGGAGCUGUCUCAGUCUGCCGGAAAUCGUGAUACAUGGGAACUUGCGACAUGGCUACCUCACUCUGGCUCAUGUUGGUUGUGAUGAGAGCUCUAUGGAAUGCUUCAUACAAAGAACGGUAUACAGUUGUAUUUGCAGUUUUAUAUGUACGCUCUGAUGGCGUGUUUGAGCUGCAUAGUACGGGUUGGAUCCACUUUGCGAGCCGCAAUUGCCUCGGAACUAAUGAUUGCACGCAAUGACAAGGUCAAUACCUGCCUGGUUUCUACUGUGCACUUCGACCGUGCGCCGAUCAGAGACUAUCAGAUGC